AUGCUAUCAUCACUUGUCGGAGUUUCUAUUCACACACUUGUAUUGUUACUUGGUGUCGUUGUAUACUAUCAUCGUACUGUUGAAAAUCAAGUUUUUUCUUUACAUUGUAGUGAAAAUGCCUUUGUAGAAAUAUUUGACAAUUCAUAUAAUAUAUUAACAAAUAUUUUUAAUGAUGCUAUGUGGGGAGAACAAGAUUAUGGUAAUAGUCAACUUAGUUGGGUUAAAUUAGUAGACGAAAUGAAUUGUAACUCUCGAACUGAAUUAUAUAUUGAAUGGACUAUGAAAGGAUUUUAUGAUAUGUCAG